AUGAAAACGUUCCAUGCUUCCUUUCAGAGAAUGGAAAAUUGCGAUGAGCUACAGUAUUUGAAUCAAAUCCGUGAAAUCCUUCAGAGGGGAAAACGGCGUACUGAUCGGACUAACACUGGGACGUUGUCGAUCUUUGGUAUGCAGUCGCGGUACAGUCUUCGCAAUGGUGUUCUUCCUCUUCUUACCACUAAACGGGUAUAUUGGAAAGCUGUUGUUGAAGAAUUACUUUGGUUUAUACGCGGUGAUACCGACAGUAAACGACUUUCAGCGAAGAAUGUUAAGAUUUGGGAUGCAAAUGGCUCACGUGAGUUUCUGGACUCAAUGGGAUUCACAGACAGAGUAGUAGGAGAUCUUGGACCUGUUUACGGAUUCCAGUGGCGCCAUUUUGGUGCAGAGUACAAAGGGCCGGAUGCUAACUAUGAUGGACAAGGUGUGGAUCAGCUUGCUGAAGUUAUCCGUCAAAUUCGCACCACUCCGGAUAGCCGGCGUAUCAUCCUUAGUGCCUGGAAUCCGUCUGAUUUGAAUAUAAUGGCUCUUCCUCCGUGCCAUACUCUAUGUCAGUUCUAUGUGCAAGAUGAAGAGUUGAGUUGUCAGCUUUAUCAAAGAAGUGGAGAUAUGGGUCUUGGAGUUCCAUUCAAUAUUGCUAGUUACAGCCUUCUCACCCACAUGAUUGCUCACGUUUGUGGCUUGAAGGCUGGUGACUUUGUUCAUACUCUAGGAGAUGCCCAUGUCUACAUAAGUCACGUAGAAGCUCUCAAAACUCAGCUUGAGAGGACGCCGACGGCUUUUCCUACGAUAGAAUUUGGUGAAGGAAUACGAGAAAUCGAUGAUUUCACUUCGGAUAAAAUAUUUCUAAGGAACUACAAUCCUCAGGGUACGAUCAAAAUGGAAAUGGCCGUUUAA